AAUUAUAGGCAUAUUUAAAUCGAUACUAAUAGUAAAAUAUGAAAGGACUAGCUCUACUUAACGAGAUAGGAUCACGUGAUACCUGCAGCCAUGAUGACCGGAAUGGAAGAAAGUCCUGACCUCUUGGCAGGAGAUGAAAACAAGGGCAGAUCAGAUACAGUUGACCUGUCGACUGAUACUUCACUUCUUGUAGACAUCUCAGAUGCCCUCAGUGAGAGAGACAAGGUCAAAUUUACAGUCCACACUAAGACAACAUUACAGCAAUUUAAAGAAUCUGAGUUUUCUGUUGUGAGACAGCAUGAAGAAUUUAUCUGGCUCCAUGACAGAUAUGUUGAAAAUGCAGAGUAUGCUGGAAUCAUUAUUCCACCUGCUCCACCUAGGCCAGACUUUGAUGCAUCAAGAGAAAAACUGCAGAAACUUGGUGAGGGUGAAGGUACAAUGACAAAGGAAGAAUUCACAAAGAUGAAACAAGAACUAGAAGCAGAAUAUCUAGCUACAUUUAAGAAAACCGUGGCAAUGCAUGAAGUAUUUCUACAGAGAAUUGCAGCCCAUCCUGCACUCAGAGGGGAUAUGAACUUUGAAGUUUUCCUUAGCUUUGACCAAGAGUUAAGUGUAAGAGGAAAGAAUAAGAAGGAGAAGAUUGGUGGAUUUUUCAAAACUAUCACAAAAAGUGCUGACGAGGUUUUACUGUCUGGUCAAAAGGAUGUAGAUGAAUUCUUUGAGUCUGAGAAAACAUUCCUAAUAGCUUAUCACACAAAAAUAAAGGAUGCCACUCAAAAAUCAGACAAAAUGACAAAAGCUCACAAAAAUGUAGCAGAUAACUACAUACAGAUAUCCUCAGGCUUUGUACAGUUGGCAACACUAGAAAACACUGAACUGGAUAAGGUGUUUACAAAAGUAGCAGAAGCCUUAGAAAAAGCAAGAAAAUUAGAAGGUAGAGUAGCAUCAGAUGAAGAUUUAAAACUAAGUGAUACAUUACGGUACUACAUGAGAGAUUCCGAGGCGGCGAAAGACUUGCUAUAUAGAAGAAGUAGGGCAUUAGCUGAUUAUGAAACUGCCAAUAAAACCCUAGAAAAAGCAAGAACGAAGAAUAAAGAUGUUCCUCAGGCAGAGAAAAACCAACAGUCAUGUUGCGAGAAGUUUGAAAAAAUAUCAGAAGUGGCGAAAAAAGAACUGACAGAAUUUAAACAAAGAAGAAUAGCUUACUUUAAGAAAAACUUUACAGACUUAGUAGAACUAGAAUUAAAACAUGCCAAGGCCCAGUUACAGUUAUACAACAGCUGCAUAGCAGCACUGAAAGAAGACGAGGAGUAACAACAAAUUACCUGGGAAAAUACUGUGUUAUAUUCAAAUGCCAAGUGCUGUAAAUGUGUGGUGGUUUCUAGAAAAGAAGUGUCUUAAAAAACUGACUUGCAUGACAUGAAAGUUCAUGUACAUUGAUAAGUUUGUAGAUGUAGACACGGAAAACAAUAAAACAAAAUGGUGUUGCCAUGGGAACCUCUGAGACUGAUGAAACGUAGUUAUGCUCAUUAAAUGAUAAAGCAUGAAAUGUUACUAUUAAGAGUGCAAUAUUUGUAUGAUAAUGAACAGUGUAUAAGAGUUGUUAAAGCAAGGUUUUUAAUGUAGAUUUAAUGAAGACAAAAAUAGAACUAUUAAUUUGCUUUGCCUAUAAAAAUGGGCUAUUAUGUUCUGUUAUUCUUUCAGUUAAGCUUUUUGAAACACUGUCAUAUUUUUCGUCAGCAUUACUUUUAUCAUAUGCAACAGAAAUUACAUGUAUGUUUGGUUUUGUGACAGUUUAAUAUUUAAAAACAUUCCAAUGGUUAACCGCAGCUGGUGACAUAGAGUUUCUAAAACUCGUUUAUUGCAAAAUAUUUUUGAAAAUGAUGAAUAAUGUAUCAGCAGUCAAGUCUGCAUCAUGUUUUCAAUUUUUCAUUUGACAGUUAUAUAAACACCCAAUAUACCUUUUUUAUUAUGAAUCUGACCAUCAAGUUGCUUGCUACAUUGAAAAUUUAAAAGGUUGUAUUAAGCUAUCUUCUGUCACAAGUGUUCCACUAUUUUUUGAUGCUAUUUGACACAACUGUAGGCAAUUGACUCAUUUUAUUUAAACUUUUCAUUGUGCAUUUGUUGUUCUUUUUUAGGUUAGUUUGUUUAGAUUAUGUAUUUUAUUUGUAUAUCUUUCGAUUGUUACCUGUAUUGAAUUGAAUUCAUAUAGUCCAUCACUCUUUAAAUUUGUUACUGUAUGCAAUACCCAUUCCUGUAUAUUUAUUUCAAAGUGCUAAGGUAGUUUUGUUUAUUAAGCUGCACAUUUGGAGGCCAUUAUACUGAAGGACUUAUAUUUUGAUGUGUGGUUACUUAAUACAAUUUAUUGUACAUUUUAUUUUUGAUUCAGCAAGUAUCUAGUGAAUUUACUAUGCUUCUCAGUGGAAUUUCUCGGUGACUACUUUCUCUGGGACAGAAAAAAAUGUAUAUUUGACUUGAAUAAUGGAUUGAAAGUUGGCAUAUAUAUUGCUGUACAGAAAAGAAUUUUGAUCGAGGCAUACUAUAUAUAGCUAUGGCCCUUUAAGUACUUGUAGAAAAUAAUGUUGGACAGACUAAAUAUUGGUCAGACAUUCAAUUUAUGGUCACAAUAAUAGCAAACACAUUUCUUGUGCAAGUGGUGAACAAGCUUGGCAGAUCAUUUUCUCUCUGAAGUAUUCUUAGUUGUAAGCCAGUCUUUUAGACUGUUUUGUUGAUCGUUAAAUAAAUUAAUCACCCUACUGUACUAGGAAGAACGUACUAGUCGGAAGAACUCGUUUCAAAAUUAUGCAUUAUGAUAGUGGUAGAAAAAUAGGCGUUUUCCUCCAUCGACAUAAUAUCUCCAUAUGACUUGACAUCAGCACGUUCAUAUGCCAGUCAUUUAUUAAUCAGAUCAUAUUUGCUGUAUCUGUUUGACAUCACUUUAAUCAAUUUGUUUUGUUUUUUGUUUUUAAGUAAAAUGUGUAGCUGAACCAUAUUUGCUACAUUGUAAUCCACUGUGUCUUUGAAUAGCAAAAUAUGAAAAGCAAUCCUGGCUGAGAUACUAUAUAGCAGUAUUGAGUUGAUUUUAUUAACUUUAUUUCUUGAGAUAAUGUAGGACCGGUCUACCAAAGGACCUUACAAACUAUGUUGUCUGUUUUAGUCUAUAUUAUUGUUAAAAUUUGGUUUUGUGCAUUUUAUGAAAACAUUUCUGGAAAUUUAUAGAUUUACAUAAUAACCUUCACAUAUGAAAUGCCAUCUGAAUAAAAGCAAAUUACGAAUAA